GCUGGGUUUCGAGGGAGGAAGCCAGGCACAGUGCAGACGGUUGCUGAUUCUGGGCUGGCCAAGAAAUCAAGAGCCUGCGCCAUGGACCCACGAUUGCCUGGCGAAGAGUCCCAAACUCAGCCCUCUCCGAUAUCAUCCUACCGCUGGCAUACUGGAGGCAGUAGUGAGAAGGCAGCAGGAGGGUCCCGCUGGGGCCGCUUUGUGGGCUGGGGAAGGGCCCUGAGCCACCAGGAGCCCAUGGUGAGCAGCCAGCCAACUCCCCGCUCUCUGUUCCGCCGGGUCCUUUCUGCGCCCCCCAAGGAGUCACGGUCCAGUCGCCUCUGGUUUUCCAAGACCCUGUUGAGGAGGCACAGAAGUGCAGCACCACCGGAGCCUGAGCCAGGCCCCAAAGGCCCAGAGCUAGAGCUGGAACUGGAAGCAGACCCACAGCAGCCUGUUCCACAGAUCCCGGAGGCUCCCACACCUGACAUGCCUGUCUGGGACAUCGGGGGCUUCACCCUGCUUGAAGGAAGACUGGUGCUGCUUGGGGGUGAGGAGGAGGAUCAGGGUCCUCGCCAGCUCCGGGUGGGAAGUGCCAGCUCAGAGAGCAGCAUGCAAGCCAUGGGGAACCUCAGAGAUUCAGAUCGGACCCCUGGAAAAACAGAGUCAGACGCUGCAGGCUCCAACCAGGUCCACAAUGUUCGGGGGUUACUCAAGAGGCUGAAAGAGAAGAAAAAGGCCAGGUCAGAGCUGGGAACCCACACCCCUCGAGAUGGACCCCCCAGUGUACUGGGCUCCAGAGAAUCUCUCGCCACGCUCUCAGAGCUGGACCUGGGCGCCGAGCGGGAUGUGAGAGUCUGGCCGCUGCAUCAUAGCCUCCUGGGGGAGCCCUACUGCUUCCAGGUAACCUGGGCUGGCGGGAGCCGCUGCUUCUCCUGUCGCUCCUGUGCUGAGAGAGACCGUUGGAUCGAAGACCUUCGUCGGCAGUUCCACACCAACCAGGACAACGUGGAGCGGGAGGAGACGUGGCUGAGCGUGUGGGUGCACGAGGCCAAGGGGCUACCCCGGGCCGCAGCACCCGGCGUGCGCACCGAGCUGUGGCUGGACGGCGCGCUUCUGGCGCGCACUGCACCGCGGGCCGGCCCGGGCCAGCUCUUCUGGGCCGAACGCUUCCACUUUGAGGCGCUGCCGCCAGCCCGUCGCCUGUCGCUGCGGUUGCGCGGAGCAGGUCCGGCAGGAGUAGCGGUGGGCCGCGUGGCGCUGGCGCUGGACGAGGUGAGCGUCCCCCGCGCGCCCGCGGCCGGCCUGGAGCGCUGGUUCCCGCUGCUUGGGGCAUCCGCCGGUGCGGCGCUGCGGGCGCGAAUCCGGGCGCGACGCCUGCGCGUGCUGGCGUCGGAGCGCUACAAAGAGCUGGCUGAGUUUAUCACCUUCCACUAUGCUCGCCUCUGUGGGGCGCUGGAGCCCGCACUGUCGGCUCAGGCUAAGGAGGAGCUGGCAGCCGUCAUGGUGCGCGUCCUGCGGGCCACUGGCAGGGCACAGGCAUUGGUGACAGACCUGGGCACCGCAGAGCUGGUGCGCUGUGGAGGCCGUGAAGCGCUGCUAUUUCGAGAAAAUACCCUAGCCACCAAGGCCAUUGACGAGUAUAUGAAACUGGUAGCACAAGAGUACCUCCAGGAGACCCUAGGGCAGGUUGUGCAGCGUCUCUGUGCCUCCACUGAAGACUGUGAAGUAGACCCCAGCAAGUGUCCAACCCCAGAACUGCCCGAGCACCAGGCCAGACUCAGAAACAACUGCAAGGAAGUCUUUGAAACCAUCAUCCAUUCCUAUGACUGGUUCCCAGCAGAGCUGGGUACUGUAUUCUCAAGCUGGCGAGAAGCCUGCAAAGCACGUGGCUCUGAAGCACUGGGCCCCCGGCUGGUGUGUGCCUCCCUCUUCCUGAGGCUCCUCUGCCCUGCCAUCCUGGCACCUAGUCUCUUUGGCCUGGCACCAGAGUAUCCGACCCCAGGUCCAGCCCGGACCCUCACGCUGAUCGCCAAGGUCAUCCAGAAUCUCGCCAACCGUGCGCCGUUUGGCGAGAAGGAAGCCUAUAUGGGCUUCAUGAAUAGCUUCCUGGAAGAUCAUGGACCAGCCAUGCAGUGCUUCCUGAACCAGGUGGCUGUGGUAAAUGUGGAUGCCACACCCAGUGGUUACCAAGGCAGUGGAGACUUGGCCCUUCAGUUGGCAGUCCUGCAUGCCCAGCUCUGCACAAUCUUUGCCGAACUUGACCAGACAACCAAAGACAGCUUGGAACCACUGCCAACCAUUCUACAAGCCAUCGAAGAGGGCCGGCCUGUCCCAGUGUCUGUGCCAAUGCGUCUUCCCCGGACCCCCACCCAGGUCCAUUCCAGCUUCUCUGUAGGGGAGAAGCCCGGCUUCCUGGCACCGCGAGACCUCCCCAAGCACACCCCUCUCAUUUCCAAGAGCCAGUCUCUGCGCAGCUUUCAAGGGGCAAGAGGUUGGGCCUGCCGGCGGCCGGAUAACGAACAGCCCCCACGGAGGACCCGGCCAGUGCAGCGCGCGCAGAGUGUCCCUGCAAGACGCCCUCCUCCCCGCCGCUCGUCUGCGGGGCCCCGGCCAAGACCCAAAGGUUCCCUGCGCCCUGGUCCCGUGCCCCGAAGCCGACCCUGGACUGGGGCCUCCGCCUCGUUGCCUCGGAAGCCAUCGGUGCCCUGGCAGCGCCAGCUGGACCAGCCCCGGGACGGAAACCAUGUUCCGGGCACGCACCGACCGGUGGGCAAGCUAGCAGAGCUACAGUGCGAAGUGGCCGCGCUGCGCGAGGAACAGAAAGCGCUGUCCCACCUCGUGGAGUCGCUGAACAUCCAUAUCCAGGCCUUGACCGAGCAGCAGGAGCAACUGCAGAGUCAGCUACAGGACCUGGACUCAAGGCUGGGAGCAGGAACCUCAAAGUUGGAUCCUAAGGGUAGUCUUUCAAGCAAUGAAGGCCGCAGGCUGAAAAGUCUGGAGCACCGACUGACUGAGAUAGAAUGUACUCAGGACCAGCUGAGGGAUGCCAUCCAAAGCCUACAGCUUCUUUCAAGGACACCAGGAUCCUGGAGCCAGCCCCUGCCUCUUAACGCACUCUGUGUCAAUGGAGACACCACCUGAGCUUUUCAUCCCACCCCACAUGGUCUGGAAGCCAAGAGAGCCAUCUUAGAGGAUUAUCAGACCCUGCCUCAGCCUUACAUGGUCUACGGUGUAUGUGUGGAGGGGUGAGGGGAAAGUUGGAAGUUCCAGCCACUCAGGUAUUGUAAGGUUGCCCAGUAAAAUCUCCAUUUCAGUAAAAUCACUGGUUUCUUUGUU